CCCAGCAACAACACUGCAAGCGGUUCAACCUAUGAAGAUCGGGCUCUACAAUCGCCAUCCAUCCUUUGAAUAGACAACAUUUUGUGGAAAUAUAUCACUGUCACUGCUCAGAAGGUACACUAAGUCGUUGAAUCGAAUCAGAAGGCACUGGGAAGAGGCGCAAAGAAAAAUUUCCAUACUCGAUGACAUUACAUCGCAAUGUCCGAUCGUUUGGGGCAAAUAACCAAGUCCAAGGAUGGGAAAAGCAAGUAUUCCUCACUCAGCCUAUUUGACAAGUACAAGGGAAAAUCAAUAGAAACUCAGAAAAACACAGUAGUUCCGCGACAUGGCUUGCAGAGUCUUGGCAAAGUGGCCACAGCCCGGCGCAUGCCCCCACCUGCUCACCUGCCGAGCUUGAAGUCUGAAAACAAAGGAAACGAUCCCAACGUGAUUAUUGUGCCCAAAGACGGUACAGGAUGGGCGAACAAGCAGGAACAACCCGAACAAAAGAGUUCUAUUGCAUCAAUACCACAGCUGCCGGAGUUGCCGCCGCAGCAGGCUUUACAGAAAUCUGUCUCCAAUCUUCAGAAGCCCUCACCGAUAGCCAACCAAGAGAACACAAACACAGGUGGACCAAAGCAAUGGGCCCAGCUAAAUGGAAAGGCAGUAGAGCAAGAUGGUUCAAGGGUCUCAAACCGACUUCAGCCCUUCUCUCACGAGGAAUUUCCCACACUGAAGGCAGCUGGAGAACAGGACAGGGUUGGCAAGGAAAGAAGCGGCUUCGAUCCGUCGUAUGGGCCAGGACCAAGCCUCCGCCCCCAAAAUGUGACGAGCUGGAGGGAAGGUGGUGGCAGGAACCUUCAGCCCUCGUCCCUGACCCUCGGCCUGCCAGCAGAUCCUGAGGUUAAGCUCACUGCCCUGGGUGAGACUGGCACCCCUCCAGCCUCAUCUCACCCCACCUCAGCCACCGGCACCACCUCUUCUAGUGUAGUGACGGCUCAGUCACCAGUCCUCGACCCCAAAGAGCCUUCCCUGCGACCCGCCCAGCCUGUCCGCAGAACAACCGUCCCUACUGCCCUGCAGUACCAGCUUCACCACACUUCGAAUGCUGUCUACCAUGACAUGUUGCCAGCAUUUAUGUGCUCUAAAGAGACACGUGAAGCCCCAGGCACAGACCAUGUCCCUACCACCGUAGCAGCACCAGCCCGAUUUGACAGCAAACCCACUUUUAGACAGAGCUAUGCCAAACCUGAACUUGUCAACGGUGAUGUGAGAAGAGAGAACCGCUUUGUCCGCGCUCCACCUCGACUCUCUUCUCAGCCCAUCCGUAGGCCUGGUGAGAGACCCCAACGCCCAGCUAUCAUUAAUCCGGAAGACCUGAAGGAUCUGGAUGAGCUUGACCAUGACUGUGAGGACGGAUGGGCUGGGCUCCACGAAGAAGUUGAUUAUAGUGAGAAACUCAAGUUCAGCGAUGAUGAAGAAGAACACUCCAGUGAUAAAAACAAGAUGUGGACUGAAUGGGAGAGGGAGAGAGAGAGAGAGAACCAAUCGUCCUUAAGUUCAGGUGAAGCAUCUUACCCCCAGGAGGGUCCUGAGGAUAGUUAUUCUUACCAACAUCAUCACCACGAGCCUCCCAGGAAGACCAACGGCAGAUACCUCUCUACGGACACCCAGGCAAUGCAGAAAAACCAAGGUGAGCCACUGACUGACCAGGAAGAUCACCAGCGCCAGUCUCAGACUCAGGUUCCAGCUAGGGCAAAGUAUGUGUCACCGGAGCUGUCAGAAGCUGUUGAAAGGGCUCGUAGAAGGCGGGAGGAGGAGGAGAGACGUGCCCGAGAGGAAAGGCUGGCUGCCUGUGCUGCAAAACUCAAAAAGCUGGAUGAGAAGUUUGGGAAGACUGAAAGGCAGAUGUCAAGGACAGAGGAGGGCCAGAAAGAUGGAGAGGUCAAAGAAGCCCCUCUGUCUCCAAACAGGGAACAGAGUAAAGCCCACCUUGAGAACUGGCAGUACAGCACAAAAGAUGGAAGUGAGUGUCCCCCAGACAACUCCCCUGGCCAUAGUUACCAUGAGGAACCUAGCUUCUCCAACUACCGUGGCAGCGGGGAUGACGGCCAGGAGCCCUCCUCCCCUUCUGAAGACUACAGUGGACGUCACCCCUCCAAACCCAUCCCACCCCGCUUCCAGAAACAACCACAGCACCAGCAGCAGGAACAAGUAUACAAGAUGCAACACUGGCAGCAGUCAGGUCACCCUGCUCCUUCUGGUUCAAGCCACACCCAGCGGGGCUACUAUCCCCCACAUGUCCUCGGGUUUGACCCCCGCUGGAUGAUGAUGCCGCCUUUCAUGGAUCCCCGCAUGGCUCAAGGUCGAUCUCCUGUGGAUUACUACCCUGGUGCUGUGCACUCUACAGCAGGAAUGAUGAAACCCAUGAUGCAUCAAGACCACUUGAACAGUCCUGGUUCUGAUGAGGGAUGUCAUCCCAAUUUGCACCAGGAGAGAAGAGCCCCUUCCACUGAGCCUUAUCCCAUGUGGAACCAAGAUGGCUACCCCUUGCGCAGCUUCACUCCACCCUACCAGAGACAGCAUGAAAGCUCUGAAAGUGGUCAGCCAGAUGACAGAGGUGAUAUGGCCUGUUCCCAACAGGACUCCUAUGAAGAGAGGGCCAGUGAGUGCUUGUCCCACCCUCAAGAUGAUCUCCCUCAUCAUGCCUACCAGAGCCGAGGUCCAGACAGAGAACACCAUGACCAAGGGUUGCUGACCACUGCUCAGAGCCACUCCCAGCACCAUGCAGAUAAUGAAUACCCAAAACAAGACUCUAGAGACAAGCAUCUGAAAGAUGGCCCUCAAUCUCAUGAUGAGACCUUAGAUGCCCCCAAGGACAAUUGGAAAAGAGAUGGAGGACAGAAACUAGAUGGAGGACUCAGUAACGCUCAAAGCCAGUGGUCUGAACCCAGCUCAGGUUCCAGUAGUAGUGUUGGCCAGCCAUCUGAGACCAUUGGGCGCACCUUGACCCGCAGAACUGGUCCUAUCAAGAAACCAGUUCUCAAGGCUCUCAAAGUGGAGGAGAAGGAGAACGAGAAGCCUAAACCUGAGCCUGAAGAGAAGCCCGUCCCUUACCGCCUGGAGAAAGAAGUCCUAACUAAUGUGUAUGACUUGAAGAAAGACAACCAGCCUGCCAUCAACAGGCGCUCAGCUUCACCUGUUAUUGAGAAACAGCCCGAAGAGAGGCAGCGUCAGUCACCAGCUCCCACCAAAACAGACAGGCCUCUAAGCAGCCAAAGCGAUGACUCUCCUAAGGAGAGCACCUGGGACAGUGGCAAGAGCCAGUCACCUAGAGAUAACCAGGAAAACCGAGAGCCCCAGGCACCACGGCGCAACAACUGGAUCUUCAUUGAUGAAGAACAGGCCUUUGGGGCAGUCAGAGGAACAGGUAGAGGCCGCAGUCGAGGCUUUAGGGAAUUUAGCUCUAGAGGUGGGACCCGUGGUGGCCGAGGUGGAGACAAUAUCAGAGGGGCUUAUAACAACAGUGGCACUCAGCGGACAGGUAGAGGGCGAGCACCACCAAGGGACCUUGUCAAGGUGGAGGAGUUCCAGAGGGGCAAACCCCGGAGACGUAAUGUCAGUGAGACAUUGAGUGAAGCCUCUGAGUACGAGGAAUUGCCAAAGAGGCGCAGACAGAAGGGGUCUGAAAAUGGAGAUGGCUACACAGAGUCUGGAGAAGUCCGUAAAGCUGACCGAGACUCUUGGAGAUCCAACAAGGUGUACACAGAUGAGCAGGCAAACAAUGAUGCCAGAGAAAAGGCCAAGGCCAGCAGGGGUCGCAUGCUGCCUCCCAGACUGAACACCACUGGAAGUUACAGUCGAGGCUUUGGAGGCUCCAGGGAUAUUUCUACAUGGAGGGGCCGUGGCCCCCAGUUCAGUAGCAAUGGCGGUCCCAUGCAAGAAAAUGGUUAUGGUCCUGGAGCUGAGACUGUUUACACUCGCAGGCCUCCGCUUGAGCGCGACACUCUCAAGUAUCAAGCUAAAUUAUCUGGCUCCUUCAUGGAGAACGGCACAGAGGACCGUGAAGGAGAAUACUAUUUUGACAAUGACAACCCUGACAGACAAGCGUUAAGGAGGCGCCGCCCACCACGUCAAGACAAGCCUCCACGCUUCCGUCGUCUACAGCAAGAACGGGAACCUGGCUCAAACCAGUGGACAAGUGACGAGUACAUAAAUGGAGACGUAGCAAACCCCUGGCCUGGUCGCCCCAAAAGCACUGGGGAUGACAACUGGCCCAGCGGCCACUAUUCUGCUGGACGCACAAACCAGCACGGCCAGGCAGAGGAAUGGGAAACUGGAUCAGACAACAGCGACUUCAGUGACUGGAGAGAGAAGCGAGGUGGAAGUGGGGGGACGGCUACACAGGGACAUGGUGACAUUCCCUCAGACUCUGGCCAUAGUGAACCGGGCUCUGUUGAGAAAAGGGAACUUUCCAAGCGAAGCUUCUCCAGCCAGAGACCAUUGGUGGAACGGCAGAACAGAAAAGGAGAGCCAUCCCUGCUGGAAGCGAGCAAGAUGACACGUACAUCUGAUAAUCCCCCCACCUCCUCUAACAGGAAUGACAGCUGGCAGAAUGGAGGGACAACUUGUAAGAGCAGGAGCCCAGAUGAGUCGGGCCCAGUCUACAGCUUAGAGCAGCCGGAGGACAGGGAGCCCAGUGAGCCCUCAGGGAAGAAAUUAGACAAGGAGCUGAAGCCAGGACCUGUCAAGACAGACAUAGGCGAACCUCUUUCACAGUAUGAGCUCAGCAGCUAUCCAAUCGAAGGAGAUGCAGGGGUUCCAGUUUCAAAUCCAGAUGGAUACCAGGAUGCCUUGAACAAAAAGCAAAGACGCCCACAAGAAGAUGAGAGGAGGAGGAAGGAACAGGGAGCUGCUGUGCCAGUGAAGAACAGGACAAUCACCUCCAAGAUACCACCUCGCUUUGCCAAAAAGCAGGGAAGCAUGAGUAUCGAACAACCCGAGGAAGCUCUUUCUUCUAACAACCUGGGAACUGAAAUCUGGGAGACCAACAGCUCAGCUCUUUCAGUGCAGUCCUCAGGUGGAGACUCGUGGACUAAACAGGUGUCUUACACUGGGAGCGAGCCCAACUCUGAGGACUCGGAUGCAGGCCCAGAACAGAGUAAAGAACAGCACAAGCCAGGGCCCAUAGGAAAUGAACGCUCCCUGAAGCACCGCAAGGGCUCAGAAGGUGUUGAUCGGUUGGAAGGGGGCCCAAUCACUCCAGUCAAUGGUGUGGAUCUCCAUGUGGACACUGUGCUGCCUGUACCCCCAAUUGAGUUUGGUGUCAGUGCCAAAGACUCUGAUUUCAGUCUACCACCAGGUUCUACCCCAGUGCCUGUGUCCAAUCCUGUCAACAAGCUUCAGGAGGCUCUUGCCACCAAUACUGCUCUCAAUCAGAGUAUCACCAUGCUGCGCUCCAACCACCUGCAGCCUGCCAUUAACCUCAACCCCAUCUCCUUUCCCAGUGCAGACCUCACACUCAAGAUGGAAUCAGCACGCAAGGCAUGGGAGAACUCCCAGUCACUCCCUGAACAAGGCUCUCCUGGUGGAGUAGCUUCAGGUGUUCAGCCUCCCUGCAGCGUCGGCUCUUCCAGUGGUGUCAGCUACAGUUCUUUCGGAGGGGUUUCCAUGCCGAUGCCUGUGGCAUCAGUAGCACCAUCCAUGUCCAUGCAAGGUAAUCAUAUCCCCCCGUUGUAUCUGGAUGGUCAUGUCUUUCCUAGCCAGCCACGCCUGGUACCUCCCAACAUGACCCAGCAGCAGACCUACCAACAGGCGGCUGCAGCCCAGCAGAUUCCCAUCUCUUUACACACGUCUCUUCAGGCGCAGGCUCAGUUGGGUCUUCGGGGAGGUCUACCUGUUUCUCAGUCCCAAGAGAUGUUCAACUCAAUUCCUCCCUUCAGGUCCCAGGUUUACAUGCACCCCAACCUGUCACAGCCCAGCCCCAUGGUACUGUCGGGUGGAGCCCCUCUCAAGGGACCCUACUCGGCUUUCCCUGGCAUGCAGCCCUCAGACAUGGUCAAGACUCAAUCCGGGUCACACUACCAGCCAAUGAAUGGCAGCCAGCAGCUAGUCUACGACAGCCAGAUGAACCAGGGUCCUGGUAUGGGAUCUUCCCAGUUAAUGGACUCUCAGCUCAUCCAGGUGACCAUGCCACUACCUGGCUCUCAGCUGCGCUAUGGCUCAGCUCAGCAACAUCUCAUCCUCCCUCAGUCCAUCCAGCUGCAGCAGGGACAGAACUUGUCAGUAGGAGCCCCACGCCGAAUGUUGCCACCUGGCUCCCAGUCUGCUGUCAUGACGGGCCGAGAGGGCUCGCAGAUGGAAAUGAAAGGCUUCCAGUUCUCUGACAAGCCAAAUCAUUCCCCAGGCAUGUCCGGAGGGUCCUACAGGCCUGGGUCUGCCAGCCCUAGCGGGAAGCCCCCGGGUCCUGUAGGCCCUCUGCCUACACACUUCGCUCAACAGGUCCCACCCGCUCAGGGCAGCAUGGUGAUGCACAUGCGGCCCCCCACCACUGGCCCUUUCCCCAACCCCAUCCAGAGACCAGUCAUGCAGGUCAACAAGCCUGUUAUCAUCCGCCCCCCCCCUUACCCCAACCCCAUCCGUGACCCUUCCCACUCCACCCCUCCCUCAGCCCCUGAGCCCCCUGUCAAAGGUCCAGAGGAUGGCAUGAAGAGUAAAACCAUGCGAGAUGUGCGCAAGGCAGUGGGUGAGGGCAAGACACCAUCCGGGGGCAUGACCAGCAAACUCCAGGAGCCCCUUCCCUCCACGGGGCAAGCCAAACCAGCACGCACUGGAGCCAUCAAACCCCAGGCUGUCAAAGUGGAGGAGGGCAAGGCAUAACAAUGGACCUUAAAAUCCUCAUCACCACCCAGCCUACCAACACAAAGCCCCCCUGACCAAUGCCUGAGCCAAAGGCACUAAGGCAAGGGGCAUCCAUGCAGACAUAAUGAAUUAUCCCUCUUGAACUGUCAGAACUGGACACUUAUUAUUUCACACCACGUAUAGAGAUAUAUAAAUAUAUAUAAAUAUAUACAUAGACACAAACAGUCUUUUAAGCAGAUCUCUUCAAGGUCCUCUUUAAUUUAUUAUUAGUCACUUUUAAGGGGAGAGGGGGUAAAGAGAAAAGAUAUUUCUGUUUUUUGUGUUUAUCUGCGAAGUGGGGGGAGGAGAGGGUGGGAAGAAAAAUGGCCAAUUAAGAGAGACUGUUCAUUUUUCAUACCAUUUUGCCAAACUGUAUUUACUCCAUUAAUGGACUUUAGCCCUUAAGACCAGGUAGACACUUGAUACAACUCACUAUGAGAAGCGAAAUCUGUUCAAAUUUUUUAAACAAAUUUAAAAUGCAGUGGGGCAAUUUUUUUUUCUUUUGUCUUUUUUUUACUUCUUUGCUGGUAAAUAAACGGUCAUGUAAUCAUCACCUAUUCAUCCUAUUGGCAACGGAUUCUUUUAUUAAACGAGAAAAAAAUCCAUAACUCCAAUUUUUGGACAUCAUUGCAUGUCAACACGGCAAAAGUGAAGCGCGUCAUCCCCCAGAAAUGCAUCUUCUGGGGUUACUUCACCCAGCCCUAUGAACUGUGGCUAAUACUGCGUAGAUUGGUAGAAAAGAUUUUUCUUAAAACUUCUGUUCUUUGCUUUUACAUUCUGUCGCUCGCUCUCUUUCUGUAUGUAAAAUUUGAAACAAAAAGGUGGACAUUUUUACCAAAAUCAUGUUGCUUCCAACGGGAACUUCACUGGCAUUGAUACAAGCGUGUGCAUGUGACGUGCUGAACGCGUGUAAACUUCCGGGACUCCUACCUAGAACAUAGCAACAUUUCAUAAAGACUUUACCUUACCUCAGCAUUCAUAAUGCUGCCAUCAACUGUGUGGAUUUUAUCAAACCAAGCUGGCAUCAAUUUUUUGGCUCGUUGUGAAGUUUGUGGCGGCGGAGGGGGGGGGGGGGGGGGAGAAGAAGAAGGGGCUUCAUUCAUAAUUGCUGUAAAGGAAAUUUCCCCCCCCCCCCCCUCCUCCCCAUAAUAGCUGAUUGAAAUGUUUGCUUUCGUAUCGCUUUGUUUGGGUUGUAAUGAAUCAAAUUGUCUGUUAAUGAUCCUGUGAUGUAAGUGAUGAUUUGUACAUCAACACGGGGCAGUUAGACUUUUUUUUUUUUUUUUUUUUAAAGCUCCUGAAAUACUUUUUUCUCUCUAAUUCCGUUCAAAUAUCACUUUAACAGUACGGUUGAAAAUUGUGAAGAAACAAGACUCAUUACUCAAUUGAUAAUUCAGCAUCUGGUCUCUGAGGUGGCACUAGCAAUAACUGCAGCCUAACUAUAAUCACGAUCAGGGUCCAAAUAACAAUUUUUCUUUCCUACUUUUUUUCUGUUUUAGAUGCUAACGAUCACAAAGAGGGAGCAUUUAGCAUUGCUUGUUGAAUUAAAAUACGAUCUUUGCUUCAGCUUUUCCUUCUUUUUUUUUUCUUGUUGUGAGCACUGCAGUUCCAGUGGACUACGAAGGACUUUUAAAGUGUUUGUUCUAUUUGAAAAUGUGAAGCUGUUGGAGUCAUCAUUUAUUUUGUUUUAUUUUAUUUUAUUUUAUUUUUUUUGUUGUUGUAACGGACACUCAUUUUGAAACUCACAAUGCCAAUGUCAUAACUGGUUAAAUGUUACUGCUUAGUAUAACGCUCCAUGACACUACAAAAUGUUGCGAUUUAUCUUUAUGACAGUGUUUCACUGGUAUAUAUGUAUAUGCAUACUUAACUGUACAGUCAAGCCUUGUCAGUGAGGGGAGGCUUAAACCCACGUUUGAUUUUAAGAUAUUGUGGCACCAUAAAGGAUUUGACGUCAGAAAAAAAGGUCACCAUGUUCUCAGAAUGGACUGCUUUCACCUGUUGAUAGGUUUACUGGGCUUGGAGUUGUUUUUGCCUCUUCCUUUUUUUUCUCCUCCCUUACUGCAAAAGAUCUUGAUGCUUCUCAUCAUUGUACCUGCACCAAAUGUUGCCCUGACUUUUUUUGUACUUUUAAGAUGCAUAUUUCAUUUUGUCAAGAGGACCAGUGCUUUCUACAGCUGAUCCAGCAUUCUAUUUAUCCUACCUGAUCUUUAUCCUUUCAGAUAUUUGGUCAUUACUCUCCCUUGUUUAAAAAAAAAAAAAAAAAAGAGCUUAUUGAAAAGAAAAGAAAUAAAGCAGUUGUGAUUUCUUAAAUGUACCGUUGAUUGUGUAUUCUCACUUUGUCAUAUUAAAAUCAUGCAUCAAAUUCUUGUGA